UGGAAACACCCCACGCGGCCUCGUCGCGUCCUAUCCCCCGAGCGGCCGCUGCCCCUCGCCGCCGCCACCGCCGCCCGCUUGUUCGCUCGCUCGCUCGCUCAAAACCCUAGCGAGAGACGGCCGCGGGCGAAUGGCGAUGCCGGCCGCCCCUUCCUGCCAGGCGCCGCCCACCAGCCUCCCCCUGCUCACCCCGCCCCCCGCCCUCCUCCCUUUCACCCGCCGCCUCCGCCUCCCUGCCGCCGCCCAAUCCGCCUCCAAAGGUCACUUGUUUCUUAGUCAUGUCCAACCGCGAUGCUCUAAUCUGGAAGCAGUUGGUGACGUUACAGCAGUUCCUGAUGAUUAUACCGAAAACAUGCCAUCAAGCAGUGGAUAUACAAAUGUUGCUAUGAGUGUUUCAUCACAUAAAGAUCAUCUGGCUGGAAGGGUUACCAAGACCAAUAAGACAUCUAAAGACAAUGAGAAAAUGAUUAAAAUAUCUGACAAGUUAAUUGGUGUAUUUAUGGUUGAUAAGCCCACUCCAACAGAUUGGAGAAAGCUGAUAGCUUUCAGUAGAGAAUGGGAUAACAUAAGGCCACAUUUUUUUAAACGCUGUCAAGAAAGAGCAGAUGCAGAAUCAAACCCUGAAAUGAAGCACAAUCUCCUCAGGCUUGCUAGAAAACUAAAAGAGAUAGAUGAGGAUGUACAAAGACAUAAUGAACUACUUGAAGUAGUAAAAUAUACACCAUCUGAUAAAAUCAAUGCUGUUGUUGCUAAGCGCCGUAAAGAUUUCACGGUGGAAUUUUUCAACCACCUCUAUUACGUUGCAGAGUCUUAUCAUGAUGACCCUGAAAAACAGAGAGAAUUGGCACAACUUGGCAAUGAUUGUGUAGAUGCCCUUCAAGCUCAUGAUGACACUUCUGGGAGUCUUGAAGCUCUGAAUGCUGCUGAAUUGAAGUUAAAAGAUAUACUCAAUUCACCUUCAGUAGAUGCUGCAUGCAGAAAGAUAGAUGAUUUAGCUGAGAAAAAGGAACUUGAUUCUGCGUUAGUGUUGAUGCUUUCAAAAGCUUGGUCAGCUGCAAAGGGUACAGACAUUACAAAAUCUGAGGCUAAAGAUAUAAUGUUUCAUCUAUACAUGACUGCAGUAGCCAAUCUUCAAAGACAAAUGCCAAAGGAUAUCAGAAUAUUAAAGCAUCUUAUAAUGGUUGAUGAUCCAGAAGAACGCAUGAGUGCAUUGAAUGAUGCAUUUACUCCUGGGCCUGAACUUCAGGGGGAAAAUGUUGAUACAUUAUACACGAGUCCAGAGGCAUUGCACACUUGGGCAAGUGCUAUAGUUGAUGCAUAUUAUAACAGCAGAGAAGGCACUCUCCUUAGACAAGCAAGGGACUUGAUGAACCCUAAAAUCAUCAAAAGAGUUGAAGAGAUAGUAAAGAUUAUCAAGGAUAAAUACCUCUGACUCUUUAAGUUAGAUCAUAAGAGUUUCACAUUCAUACUUUCCUAGUGAUUCUACAACAAGCAGUAUCAUCCAACAAAUCGCAAAUCCUUUUAUACUCUGCUUGCUGCACAAAUUCCUGGUCAUCAUUCCAAUUGAGUGCCUCAUUGCUGCUUGAAAUGGAGAGUGGCUAUAGGUGAUAGAUUAAAUGCAGAUUGAUGUAGCUUUGUAUGAAUGCAAAAGAGACUGUAGCAUGUGAUAUAUCAAUGUAAUCUUCAAUUAGAAUUCUGCCUUACUUUUUGAAGUUUUAUAUGCUUGCUGGCUAAAAUAUGGCUAACAUUAUUAUAACUCAUCUCAUUAGUAUAGAACUUUUUUUUUUCUCUGAAGUUGUAUGUAUUUCUCCCAAGAUUAAUUGAAUGGUAAC